AUGACGCCAGCAGAUUGCGAGGCACUGUUUGGAUUCAAAGCCAAAGCCCGUGACAAACAACAAACAAGAACUGGUCAACGUAUGACCAUCAACGACGCGGGCUCAUCGUCGCAACCCUUUGAGGCAGUAAUCCACUACCCACUCGACGGCCAGGCUAGUAAAGCCCCAUUGCCACUCUUCGGCCUGCAUAUUGGACGCAACAGCAUUCCAUCGACUACCCCUUCUCAAUCCCAAUUUAUUACCGCAAUGACAUCACAACAUCCUCAUCCUUCCGAGUCAUCCCCUGCGUUGCGGAAUCGCCCCCCUCAGGGCGAUUUCACGCCACUGUCACACAUUAUGGGCAAAUGUGCAUCCACUCCAGCCAACGCACAACUGACUCGCUACUAUGGGACUUGCGUCAGUCAGGCCAACGCAAUCGGGCGCGGUCUUUGUCGGUUCGAUGACGGAAGACGGGGAAGGCUUUUGCGGGAUCAGGUGUCGGUCAGCCUUGGCACAGAGAGAGGUGACGAAAUGGCGAAGGAAGGUUGCGUAGAGCCUAAGGCCGAAAUUGAAGUGGGCUCAAAACAUCGCAAACUUCGAGAUGCGUGGCCUGCGAUGCUGGAUUCGGAAAUCCGCGAGGAGUGCCCAUGUUACGUUUACAAUGCCCGUGGUUCGCCACACGAAUGUCUACCAUUCCUAUUUGCUGGCAGUACGCCUCUACUUCAUCCCAACUCCAACAUCGUGAACAUGAACAUACUGGUCACAUCAUUGAUACUUGCUCUGCUCGUCCUGAUACCGAUCCUCCUAGGAUAUUUCUUCAACACUUCCCGGAUCCGUCCUUUCCUCUGGAUACCAGCUGAAUGCACAUCCCUCUUGGGCAUCUUCUUUCUCCUGAAACCAACCUCAGGUCCUUACUACGAAAUGCCAAACAUCGGCAAAAUACCGUUCAUCUUCACUUUUUUCCUCAUCGCAGACAUUUAUUACAAGCUCCUCGUGUUUGCAGGGGGUGGGUAUCAAACCAAAGAGGGCCCAAUGGCACAAACGCUGGCGAAGUUUAUCUUCGUCUAUGGACAGAAGCUUGGCAUUUAUAUCAAGGAUCUUGCGCGGCUUGUGCUGCGCCUUGAACAUACCUUGCUUGUCUGUGUUGGAGACCUUGGACAUAGCGUUUUGUGUUUUGGGUUGGAGCUUGAGGAUGAUGGAGAUCUGGAGUCGCAGACGCGUGCCAAUAUCCACCGUCGUAUGACCGUGGCGAAUGCGCGUUUUCUCUCGUAUGUAACACUCAGUGCGGAUCUGUCCUCUGAAACGAAAUACAAUUACCAUUCCAAGUCCAUUGUCGUCUACAGGAGGACAGAUAACAUAUGUUUACUACUAGGAAUUUUCCCUAGCCCUUAA